AGGGAACUCGUCGAGGAACUCAGUGGGAGAAUGGAAACCGCUUCAGACAAGGCAUAAACAACAAUGUGGACACUGCUCUCUGGAAUACUGAGCUGCACACUGAUUCAUGGAUGUAACUGGAUUUGGGAUUCUUGGUCAAUAAAGAGAUGGAUCAUCAGGUGUCAGAUAAUUCGGACAUCGGGCCACCCGACAUGGAACGCGGUGAUGGGAAAAGAGUGGAGCGUGGCCGAGAGAGACACCAAGUCCUGCAGGGCACUCCUUUAGACCUGAUUCAAACUGGCAAGUCCCUGAAAGUCCAGGCGGAGCGCCCUCACCUGGUCAGUUUGGGAAGUGGACGCUUGAGCACAGCAAUCACAUUGCUGCCACUGCAAGAAGGGAGAACAACACUAGGCAGUGGAGGGACAGACAUCCCUCUGCAGGGCCCUGGCAUUAAAGCUCAGCAUUGCUACAUUGAAAACCAGGCGGGCACCAUCACCCUAUACCCGUGUGGAAACCAGUGCUCUGUAGAUGGGCUUCCCAUCACUAAACCUUAUCGCCUGUCACAAGGCUGCAUGCUGUGUUUUGGUCAGUCCACAUUUUUCCGCUUCAAUCAUCCAGAAGAGGCUCUGAGGAUGAAGAACAUGCUGCCUGGAGGAAGCCAAGCACUGAGCGCAUCAAAAACACAGCCUUCUGACUCCCAUAGCAUCCUGAAUGGGAAUCAUCAGUCUUUUAACACCAAUGGCGGCCCCAAAAUCAGCAGCCUAGUAAAGGACAUCCAUGAGAGUCUCUCACAGAAGGUGCCAUCAUCUCCAAAAACCACAAAGUUGUCUCUUCAUGAGCCCGCUCGGGACAUUUUAAAUGGUAGAAGCAGUAGUACAAAAGAGGAGAGCAGGACUUCUGCGGGAAAGACUCCACCUGUACCUCCCCGGUCCGGCACACCUGUGCCCCAUCCACGAACUUCCCUCGCUGUGAACUCAAGUUGUACGAAUGAUGGGCAGCGAGCACAAGAGAGCCCAAAGCUUCUUAGGAAUGUCAGGUCAGAGGUCACGUCAAGCCCCACACUGCCCAGCAGGGGGUCAGGACAGGGCAUAAGUCACCACUCCUCACCGGCGGCUCCAGCAAGCCCUCGAGUGAGAGGUUCGUCUCUCCAGAGGAGACAACCAAGUCCCAUGCGAGAUCAGCUCACUCAUGCUGAUGCCCAACAGAGGCUUAGAACUCCGGAGCCAACUGGAUCCACCAGCCUUCCUCCUCUUAGCCCUUAUAUGUCCCGCAGAGGGACUCCAGGAUCACAGAGCUUCACCACCAAGCCUGUCCAGGGGAGCCCGCAGGGUCAUCGCAAAACCCCCUCCAAGGCUGAGGCCAUGAGGGCGUUGUAUGCCCAGAAUCCAUCCCCUGUGACCGCACAGGAGCCUGGAAGAAGACAGCAGGCUAACUCCAGCCUCAUCACAGCUCCUCUGUCUGGCUCAUCUCCUUCCGCGAGCCCUCACAGCCAAAGAAAGCCCUCCUGCAAGAACGGAUCAUCCGGCAAGGAAUCAAAUACUCUGAAACCGUACAGCCGGGAGCGCAAGAACAGCAUCUCUGCCAUCAGCGACAAUGAGGAUGAACUACUGGAAUAUCACCGCUGGCAGAGGGAGGAGAGGCUACGGGAGCAGGAAAUGGAGAAAUUGGAGAGACAGAGGCUAGAGACCAUCCUGAAUCUGUGUGCGGAAUAUAAUCAUGAGGACAACACCGUGGAGCUGGCAGAGGUGGUGAGGAGCGGACUGCUGAUUGGUACUAGAGGUACAAGAGGAGAGAUUCAGCGGAUGAAGGAGAACGAUGAGGAGAUGCAGGCCGAGGAGUCGAGCAGCACAGAGAGCACACAUCAAGAGUGUGAGGAGGUGUCAGCUGUUCCGGAGCAGGUGCACCUUGAGGAGGAGAGGAGUAAGAUCUUGGCCAGGGUGGAUGACCUGAGGCACCGAGUCAGCGAGCUGGAGCAGCAGCUGAAAGAGACCAAGCAAGAGGUGGAGAUGGAGCAGGCUCUGCUGCACGCCGAAAGGCAGGCCGAGCAGGAGCAGGUGGAGGCCGAACGAGAGCUCAUUGCUCAGCUGCACCUCAAACUCAGCCAAUUGAACAAGGCCACCCAAAUGGAGAAGGACAAGGGGAGGGCUAAUGUCUUGGCUGAGCGGAAGGUCCUGGAAAAGCAGAGGAAUGAGUACAAUGAGCUGAAGAGGCAGUUUGAUAAGUGCCCCUUGUCUCUAAGGGAACAGUUACAGGAGCAGCUCAGCAGGAAAGCGGAAGCCCUGGACUCUGGCACCAAGCAGUUUGAGGAACUGGAGUUCUGCCAGCUGGAGGAGGAGAGCAGUCUGGAGGAGAAAAAGGAGACUCAGAGUUCGCAGUUUCUUCAGGAGCAAGCCGAGCAUCACUGCAGCGUGGCCAAGAGGAAGGAGAAGGUGGCCGCUCUGGAAGCUCAGGUGAAGCAACUGGGCUUACAAGCUACUCGCGACUGUGACAGGAUGGCCAAAGAAAGGACGGCCACUCUGCAGCUAUUACACAAGGAGCAGGACAGGCUAUGUGCCCUAGAGAAGAGGUACCACGCCAUGACGGGUGGCAGGAACUUCCCAAAGACCAACAGCAAAAUUAAAGAGGAUUUACUCCAUAUCAGCGAGCCUGACCUUGUUUAUGAGGACCCUUGUCCCUCCUCUACCUCACACAUCCACUCCCCUGAAGUCUACCCUGUUAGGCUACAGGAGGAGUACCUCAGGCUGUCUGAUGUCUAUAAGAUGUAUGGAAACGCUUCUGUGCACCCUUCCUCUUCUUCCCCUGCUGCCCUCCACUGCCCCCCCCUUGCUGUAGCUGAGGCUUUGCCGUGUGAGGACUACAUCACGGUCAGUCAGUUAAGCCACAUUUUUGGCAUGCAGAGACCUGAUGCCUCCUCUUCCUCAUCUAUUGCAUCAUUCCACCUUGCCUCCUCUGACUCCACCUUCACAUGCCACCCAAGUUCCUCCCUAGUCUCUGCAAAGAGUCAGCCUGAGCUGAGCAGGAAUGCAAUGCCUCCUAUUAACCUCGAGCGCUGGUACCAGGACAUCAUGGCUGCGGGGGAGCCUCAAUCCAGUCCUCCGCCGCUGCCUGCAAAGUCUGUUUCUGCACGCAGACACGGGCAGUUACUGAAGUCAAAAUCAGACGGUGAAGUUGGACAAAUAGUGUCGUGUCCUCCUGCCAGCUGUGUUCCAACUGCGACCCCUUCCACCCUGUCCUCCAACAAGGGUUUACAGUUACCGCUGAAAGAUGUGUUAAACCCACUGGACAUGGACUUCAUGAGGCUGAAUAAAGACGCAUCUCCCACAGUACAUCACUCCAUCCUGCAUCAUCAGUGUCCUCCUAGCGGCACCCAGGCGUAUGACACCCUGAGUCUGGAGAGCUCAGACAGCCUGGAGACCAGCGUCUCCACCAGCAACUCAGCAUGUACGCCAGAAAGUGCUUCUGGGUUGGAGGCCCAGAGGUUGGAAGAGAUGGAGAAGAUGCUGAAGGAAGCACAGCAGGAGAAAGCCAGACUCAUUGAGCACAGAGAGAGGGAAGCGCAGGCUCGGCGACAUCUGCUGGAGGAGGAGCGCAAGAGACGUGAGGAGGCCGAGAGGAGGCUCCUGGACGAGACGGCUCACAGGAGGAGGCUGGUGGAAGAGGAGGUCAAGAUGAGGGAAAAGCACUUUUCCCAGGCACGUCCAAUGACACGAUACCUGCCCAACCUCAAGGAGGAGUUCGACUUGCGUGCCCACGUGGAGUCAUCGGGCCACAGCAUCGACACGUGCUCCUUCGUCAUCCUCACAGAGAAGAUGUGCAAAGGUCAUCUGGUCAAGAUGGGCGGCAAAAUCAAAUCGUGGAAGAAACGCUGGUUCGUUUUCGACCGACUCAAGAGGAAUUUCUGCUACUACGUGGACAAGCAUGAGACCAAGCUGAAAGGACUCAUUUACUUCCAGGCCAUUGAAGAAGUUUAUUAUGAUCACCUACGCAGUGCCACUAAGAGUCCCAACCCGUCUUUGACCUUCUGUGUGAAGACUCAUGACCGCCUUUACUACAUGGUGGCGCCUUCCCCGGAGGCCAUGCGGAUCUGGAUGGAUGUCAUAGUAACGGGCGCGGAGGGCUACACGCAAUUCAUGAGCUGAGGGACCCUGCGGAGGAUGACAGGGGGUGUGAAAGCCGGUCUUGAAAGCGAGCUCGGCUGCUAAGAUGGAAAUCGAUAUGGCGCGCGAAGGACAUCUGAGGAGACCAACGAUGUGAAGGCCCGACGAGCCGGCGGGGGAUGUAGUCGUGACACAAGUGUGCUCUUCACUAUAUUAAAAUGUGAUAAUAACGACCGUAUCACCACUUUUAAGAACGCCAGUCUUUGAUUGCAGUGUCGGCACUCUAACAUGUUCUUUUUUAUACAUUUCAAUGUACCGCUCAACCAUUUAGUAGCCAGUAUUUUAAUCGUUGCUUAUUCAUGGAACUGCCAAAUCAUUUUUGUUAUGUUCAUUGAAGCAAAUAACAGCCGGGGUCUCCUAUAAGCGCCGGGUCAAACAACAUUGGCAUUAACAGCUGUGGCUGUAGGCAACCUUCUGAUGUAAUUUUUUUUAUGGCAGUAGCAGCAUUUGACAUAUCACCUGGCAGAUAACUAAUUGUUACAGUAUAAAGUGUUUGUAUUCUACACAAAUAUGUAAAAAAAAGUCUUAUAACUAAGUCUACAUAUGUAAAGAAAUAUAACUAUGGUGCUUCUCUUUUGUCUGA